GAGGCGUUGUUGGAACGCGUCUACGGAAAGUGAGAAAAUGGCGAAUUGUCAGCGGCGCCCAUCACGUUGAUUGUUUUGGCACUUGUCAUGAAACGUCGGGAGAGGAGAGGAGUGUGAUGUGUAGCUGGUGAGCGCGUGUGUAUGUAGCGACGCGGGGAAGAUGGCCAGCAAUAUGUACCGUGUUGGAGAUUAUGUAUAUUUUGAAACUUCCUCCACAUCACCAUAUCAAAUAAGAAGAAUAGAAGAGUUAAAUAAGACGCCCAACGGUAACGUGGAGGCCAAAGUGAUGUGUUUCUACAGACGUCGCGACAUCUCCUCUUCCCUUAUCAUGCUGGCAGACAAGCAUCAGAAAGACGGUCACGGGAAUUUGGACCUGUGCCGGGGGUUUAAGAAGCUGUUAAAGGGUCAAGAGAUACAGGGCCCGUGCCUGAAUGAGACUGUCAUACAAGAGGCAACUCAACAAGGUGCCUUAGACGAGGACGAGAGCGACAGCGAAGGGGCCGAGUUGGGAGGGUCGACCAUUGUGACGCCCAGUGGCGAGACCCUCUCCUCUAAUGAGAGACACCAGUUACGGCAUCGUGAACUCUUCCUUUCCCGCCAGAUAGAAACUCUUCCUGCCACGCACAUACGCGGAAAAUGUACGGUCACGUUACUCAACGAGACGGAGUUAUUAUUGGCCUAUCUCAAUAAAGACGAUACAUUCUUCUACUCCUUGGUAUAUGAUCCACAGCAGAAAACAUUAUUAGCAGAUAAGGGGGAAAUUAGGGUCGGUUCAAGAUAUCAAGCAGACAUUACAUCGUUAUUAAAAGAAGGAGAAGGUGAUGGCCGCAAUUUAGAAGAGUUGGAAAGUUUGAUAUGGACUCCGGGGCAUGGCCUUACAGAUAGACAAAUAGACCAAUUUCUCGUAAUGUCACGGUCAGUGGGCACUUUCGCGCGGGCUCUAGACUGUUCAUCUUCGGUCAAACAACCGUCAUUACAUAUGAGUGCAGCAGCUGCUUCUAGAGAUGUUACGUUGUUUCAUGCGAUGGACACGUUACACAAGCACAGCUACGACAUUAGCAAAGCUCUUUGUUCUCUUAUACCUGCCACUGGGCCAGUACUCUGUAGAGACGAGAUGGAAGAGUGGUCGGCAUCUGAAGCCAACUUGUUUGAGGAAGCCCUUGAAAAAUAUGGAAAGGACUUCAAUGAUAUCAGACAAGAUUUUCUACCCUGGAAGACCCUAAAGAAUAUAAUAGAGUACUACUACAUGUGGAAAACAACCGACAGAUAUGUACAGCAGAAGAGAGUAAAAGCUGUGGAAGCAGAGUCCAAAUUAAAGCAGGUUUACAUUCCUAACUACAACAAGCCCAAUCCAGCAGCGCUCUCCAAUGGGAAGACACCAUCUAUGGUGAAUGGUGCGGACAUCUCUGUUUCUGGGAAGGCUUGCGAGUCAUGUCAUGCAACAAACAGUAGUCAGUGGUAUGCCUGGGGUCCUUCGCAUCUACAGUGUCGUCUGUGUAAUUCUUGCUGGCAAUACUGGAAGAAGUUUGGUGGCCUCAAACUUCCAUCACGAAUUGGAAAAGAAGAAGAACGACUGCACAGUGGUGGCAGUCGUUCACAGAGGUGUAAUGUGGGUGGGUGUGGCCGGGAGUACAAGACACGCUCGCAGUUAAUACGUCAUGCUGCCCAGGCUCAUGGUGUUGCCCUUCGAGCUGGUUCACCAAGACCCAUCAUGAAAACAAGGGCUGCCAUCAUGGUCCAUACUAGCCUUCCCAUUCGUGUCAUGCGACGACUUUGUGAAGAUUUAAUCCAACCUAGGAAGGCUAGCCGCAAUCCAACGUGGCCCGUAAAUGCUGCUAAUAUCCGACAAGAGAGUCUCCUGCGCAUGGGUGGGAAAUCCUUUGAUGAUUUUGCAUACCUGGUGAAGCGUGGGACGGGGCGGCGACGAGGGAGAGUGUCUCAGGUGUCAAUCCGCUUAGGUCAGAAGAACUCUGCUUGCCCUGCCUGGAUGCUCCCUACGGACAAGUCGCUCCUACCCAAACAACCCCACAUUGCAUUCCCAAAACCUCCCAAGGGACCAGAUGGCAGUUUGAUAUACACACCAGUACCCAACAAGGAGCUUCCUGUGGUAAAUAAUACUUCCCCGAGUCUUCUAAAAAGGAGGGCAUACGAAGAGACCAAUGGCUUGGACGAGGGCGAAUUGGAAGAAGGACUCCCACCGGCAAAGCGACAGAAGGAUAUGGAGGCGCUGGACUCAUUACACCUGAAUCAACUAGGGGUUAUUCCACCGCCGGGGCUGACAGUUACGCCGGUGGGGGUGAAUGGGGGUCCUGGAGUGCCGCCCCCAGGAGUCCCAACACCCCCACUGGCUGGAGUUCCCAACCUGGGAGCCCCAAGCACGCCCGGGAGAGCCAAGAUCGCCACUGUAUCUCGAGUGGGAGGUCGCCCUCGGAUCAUCUCGUGGAUGGAUGCCCCUGAUGAUGUCUAUUUCUAUGCUACUGACACCACCAAGAAAUUACGCAAAAGUUUAACAACAAAUGACCUGAAGCGAGCGGCGCGACGACCUUGGAAAAAGAUUCAGGAGAAGGAGCUCUCGCCUUCUACUCCCACGCCCACGACUACACCAAUUACACACAUCACUAGCGAUUGAUCCGAACAAACCUGCGAGAAAAUAAUGAUCCGCUCCUACCCCCAACCCCCCUGAGCUAAUCGGCCGAGCAAUAGCACAUUCCCUGCCGGAGUGCUCGGGAUCGGCCGUGGACGCUCCAAAGUGGCCGGUUGCUACGUCGCAUUAGAUAGUGACUUGCGUACACAAGCUGAACACUUUAACGAGUGCAGUGUGAUGUACCAGUGUGUGUGGGUCGCUGGUUAAGUGUUGCUGUGGAGGAAGUUAUUCCAGGGAGGACCCUCCAGCUCUCUCGCUCCCCAGUCUGUGUUAGAUUCCAGUACUGUAAAGAGAAACAGUGAGUGGCGUGAUCAGAUCCUGUGGGGGCCUGAUGCCCUAAUAGCCAAUGUUUGCGCAAAUUACAACUGGAUACAAAGUAAACUACAAAGUCAAAAGCCAUUUUUUAGGCCCAUGUCUUGAGUAAAUAAAAGUUUUAAGUAAUGCGAGGAGUUUGGAGUUUGCUACAAUUACCUUUUCCUCCUUCAGUCUUGUGGUACUGCAACAUGGAACUUCUAAUGCUAGAAGAAUCAAAGUUCAAAACCCUCUUAUAUGUGUUAUGAGAGGAAUUUUGUGUGAGUGUAAGCUUAAAGGCUGAUGCAAGAUGAUGGAUCUGUAGACUAGUUGUGUAGGUUGACUGAGAGGUAGAGGAAGGUGUGAAUCCAUGAGGAGUACCUGAGGAAAGAGCAACAUCCAAGAUGAUGCUUCGUUGACAAAAUGAUCUGACUGGGUUAUUGAGGUAAUAGAUGUCGUGGCUGAAGAACACUGUUGAAUCGGUAUCGGUCUUCAAGGAUCUUAGUUGGAAAACACUUAGUGUGAUCAAAUCAGUAAAAUAUUAAAGAAAGUUUAAUUUUUAACCAAAAGAUAAUGCUGUGUGCAGAAAUUGAUUACUGGCCAUGUAGGUCACAGAUUUCCAAGUACCACCACUCAAAGUUCAAAGUGAAAAACAAUAAUAACUUUAUUCAGCACCUACACUAUUUUUUAUUCAGACUUUUUUUUUUUUGUACAUAUGGUUACCGCAUGUUCACGAAAUUUUCAGUGAUUCGUAGUGAUAUUAGUGAUAAUUUGUGUACUUUGUAUUUUGUCCAAUUGAGAACUUUUCUGCACCAGUAUCAAUUUUUGGACUGGGUAUAAAACUUCCAGCAGCGCCGUGUCGUGUUCACUCGACGCCUAUUUCAAGGAGAAGGACCCUCGGCAGUGUACGAGUUUUGUGGCGAGAGUUGGUGCCUACUGCCCGUGGGGACGGCCAGAGCCCGCGUCGAGGGUCACUCUCCCUUAAACAUUCAUCUUUUUCUACUGUAGUCUCUACCAGCACAGAUCAGUUGCCUUUCCUCCCAUUGUCUUUGUUUUAACAGGUAUUUAUUAUGUUACAGUAAUUCAUCAGAUUUCCAAGUUUUUUUUUCUGAAGAAUUUGUAAUUGAAGAGGUUUAUUGGAGUGAGAAGAUUGUAGUGGAAGCUGGUGUUGAAGUAUAGAUGUGUGGCCUUCCCACCAGUGCAUCAAGGUGUGAGAACAUGGUCCAAACAUCACCUAUGAGUGAGAAGAUUGUAGUGGAAGCUGGUGUUGAAGUAUAGAUGUGUGGCCUUCCCACCAGUGCAUCAAGGUGUGAGAACAUGGUCCAAACAUCACCUAUGAGUGAGAAGAUUGUAGUGGAAGCUGGUGUUGAAGUAUAGAUGUGUGGCCUUCCCACCAGUGCAUCAAGGUGUGAGAACAUGGUCAAAACAUCACCUAUCAUUUAUUCAACAAUUUUUGUUGUUGCAUUCAUUAAUUGAUGUGAUAACUGUACAUUUACAUAUUUCUGUGUCUUGCCGGGUACACGUCAUGCUGCUAUAUUCUCGGCGCGUUUCUGAAAGAGGACGACUUUUAUGUAUGAAUAAAUAAUUAAUUCUAGUCUAUUGAUUGCAUAAUUUAAAUUUAGAAUAAAAAUAUGAAUCUCCAGCAAAUUUAUUGAGUAUAGGUAUUUUUAUAAUAAAUACAAAAUGUGGCUAAGUGUAUAGCAGCAGUUUACCCAAAUGUGUCCUAAAUUGUCCUUGUACGGGCAAGUGAUGCCAAGGGCCUGAUCCUCAAAGCCAGCGGAGGGAUUGUCAUGGAUGGAAAUAAAUGAGACUCAUCACACUUUUGUAUGGAUAUGCUAAUUUUUGUUCUGUACUUAGUUCAUUCAUUCAUUCAGCCCUCUACAAUACAUAGAUAGACUUUGUAA